AUGCCGGUUGCCGUUGGCUGCAAGCGCGAACUGCCAUUUCUCCAGAGGAACCUGGCUCGUGGCCUCAAAACGUCACGGGACAUGGGAAACGUUGCCUCUGUCGCCCGCAACCUCGCUGGAGACUCGUGUCAUGAGCCCCUCGGUCCCGGCGGCCGCGAGCUGCGUCCCCACAAACGUCGCCGCGUCGACUCACCCGCCGACGAGGCCAUGCUGAUCGCCAACGCCAGAGCCAACGCCAAGUCGAACGCCAUGGCUCCCUUGCUCGAGGAUCAGCUGUUCGUCGCCGCCGACGUUGGGCCCACCCAGCGCACCCUGCGUGUCGAUGUUUUGAGAAUUGUCCACAGAGACCUCCUCAAGGUCCGCGUCGGCAAUGGCCUGGCCGCCCCCUUCGUUGGGCCUCGCGUCAUCUCCGAGUCGAGGGCUCGCUGCAAAAUCAUGCUCACCCAUGCCACCACGGCUGGCGACAUCAUGCUCCACUGCCAGAGCCAGAUGUGCACAGUCAGGUCUUCCAGAUCAGCCGCCGACCCCUUUCCGACUAUUCGCAUCCACCUCAACCGCGCCUUCUUCAUACCCGAAGACAGCAUCUUUGUGAACCGCCCAGAUAACCACCUGUUCGACCUCGCCGAUGCCUACAAAGUCUCUGUCGAACUAGAGGCCGCUGGCCCGGGCGAGUGGCCCCCCCUGGGUCUCGUGCCCAGCGCCGCCGAUGCAACGUCGCCUGCCCCUCGCCCUGGCACCAACUAUCGGAACUGGGUAUUGGCAGGAGAGUUGUCCGACUUGUUCAGCAAAAAGCGGUCCAUGGUGGAUUUGAAGCUGAGAAAGUCGCCCGUCAGACUAUCGCCAACCGACUAUCUCAUCGACAUCGAUGCCGGCUGGUCUACCGGAUUUGAUGCAGGUGGCAUGAAGCCUCUGGAGAAGGCCGUCGAGGCGUCCAUCCGAGCCGAAGGCACCCCCCCGCGGGCUCUGGCGAGGCCACGCGGCGUUGACGACGACGUCGCGAUGCAGAGACCUGGCUCGGUCAACGGCGUCCACAGCAUUGAAAUCCUGGAUGAAGAUGACGAUGAGCCUGAUGGUGAAGGCACACCGAAUCGGUCUCUUCGGACCCGGGGCAAUAAGCAAAAUUACAACCUGAAGGACUUGAGUGACAAAGCCCUGGGAAGGAAUAAAAAGCGACGCAAGAGGAAAAGCUUGCCGACUGUCGAAGAUGAAACAGGAAAGGUCUGCUACGACCUGCCCGCAGAGCAGGUCAAUUUGGAAGACUUCCAAUGCAUAACGUGCGGCCAGUCACACAUGACGCUUGCCGACCUACAGGCGCAUCUAGAGCAUCAGCACCCCGAAUAUGACUACGUCUGCGACCCGCAUGCCAAAAGCAUCCAUUUCCAGGUCGUGCAUCGCAUAGAGGCCUUUUCCUUUGAUGAAGACGGCACGUACGAGCUCAAAAAGACCGUCAAGGGCUUCCAGUUUGGUCAAAACAGCAACAGUGAUGAAUCUUGGCUCAAGUCAACCUUUGGGCUUCCCAAAAGUAGCGAGCUUGCCGAAACGCACGUGAAGAACUCUCCGGCCAACGGACCAUCUUCAAAAGUGCUCAAGAGGAAGGGCAAAGUCAUCACGGUGCCAUACACUAAACAGCAGCUUUUCGACCCCGUCAGCCGGAUGCCGCUGGAGCCAGGCAAGCCGUUUAUCAGGCACAAACCCGACGACAGAUGGCUCACGCAGUGGCACCGCGAUGCCAUUGAAGACUUUUCGGACAUUCCUUUCCACGAAAGGGAGUUCAUGACCACAUGGGACGAGUUCAUGCUCACCCAGCGCAUCUCCUCAGACGUGUACCUGCCGAGCUCAUGGCUGGCUUUCCUUCGACACAAGGCCGAGUGGCUAGUUUGCUCCGAGUCUCGCAUGAUUGAGUUCGGGAAACACAUAUCCUACCUUAUCGCGCGGGACGCUCUGGAUGACCAGACGAUCAAGCAGGGCUUCCAGAUUAUCAGUGCAGCGAAGCUCGCGUUGCAGAACGCGGGAGCCAGAAUGCAACAACACGCAUCGCCUGUAGAGUCUCAACCGCGCAAGAGCGCGGCCAACUGCCAGACAUGUGCGAGACAGAUACUGGGGCCCAGGCUGCUUCUGUGUGCGAAUCCUCAUUGCAAAAAGCCAGCGUUUCAUCGUGAUUGCGUCAAGCGCAACGCGCGCAUGGACGUCGAGGAUCCAGCCUGGCUCUGCAACGUCUGUAUCGAUAUACCAGCAGAGCAGCAGAUUUAG